CGUAAAUAACGAUGUCCUCUUUCUCUUCUCCUCCGGUUGAUUCAGUCCUUUUAACACUCCUCUUUUGAUCUCGCCGGCAAAUAUCAUCCCACAUCCUUCAUGUCUCAAAAUCUCCGUCAUCGUUCUCUUCCUUCGUUAUUACUCUCGUACUUUAUCACCUCCGUCGUUCUAUAAUACUCUCUUCCGUCAAUCAUAUCAUUUGUCGACAAUUUCAUUCUGAUCAGUUUAAAAAUUGAUCCAUGGAUGAUAAUUUAAGCGGCGAGGAAGAAGAUUACUAUUACUCCUCCGAUCAGGAAUCUCUCAACGGGAUUGAUAAUGAUGAAUCCGUUUCGAUACCUGUUUCUUCCCGAUCAAAUACUGUCAAGGUUUUUGAGCUAAAUUUCUCUCGAUUCUUUUUCGGAUUUUGUUAAUUUUGUAACGAAUUCGUGAAAUUGAAUCACUUAGUUGAAAUGUUGAUUUGAAAAAUCAGUUCUGUGAUCUCUGUUGUUCUCUAGUUAAAAUUAGGGUUUUGUGUUAUACUGUGAAAUUUCAUCUCUGUAAUGCUGUGAAGAGGAUUAGAAGAGUAGUGGCAUUGGUUCAAUUAGAAUAAAAGCGUUUGAUGUUUGCAUGAAUGUGAAUCUGCAUUUUGUAGGUUAUUACGAAGGAAUCACUUUUGGCUGCACAGAGGGAGGAUUUGCGGAGAGUGAUGGAAUUGUUAUCGGUUAAGGAGCACCAUGCUCGGACUCUUCUUAUACAUUACCGAUGGGAUGUGGAGAAGUUGUUUGCUGUUCUUGUUGAGAAAGGGAAAGAUAGCUUGUUUUCUGGUGCUGGUGUUACACUUCUUGAAAACCAAAGUUGUGAUUCUUCCGUUUCUGGUUCUUCUUCGAUGAUGAGUUGUGAUAUCUGCGUAGAGGAUGUACCGGGUUAUCAGCUGACAAGGAUGGACUGUGGCCAUAGCUUUUGCAAUAACUGUUGGACUGGGCAUUUUACUGUAAAGAUAAAUGAAGGUCAGAGCAAAAGGAUUAUAUGCAUGGCUCAUAAGUGUAAUGCUAUUUGUGAUGAAGAUGUUGUCAGGGCUCUAGUUAGUAAAAGCCAACCAGAUUUAGCUGAGAAGUUUGAUCGUUUUCUUCUUGAGUCGUAUAUCGAAGAUAACAAAAUGGUGAAGUGGUGUCCGAGUACUCCUCAUUGUGGGAAUGCCAUACGUGUUGAGGAUGACGAGCUCUGUGAGGUUGAAUGCUCUUGUGGUUUGCAGUUCUGUUUCAGUUGUUCAUCUCAAGCUCACUCCCCUUGCUCUUGUGUGAUGUGGGAACUAUGGAGAAAGAAGUGCUUUGAUGAGUCCGAGACUGUUAAUUGGAUAACUGUUCACACAAAGCCGUGUCCCAAAUGUCACAAGCCUGUUGAAAAGAAUGGUGGAUGCAAUCUCGUGACUUGUCUUUGUCGACAAUCUUUUUGUUGGUUGUGUGGUGAAGCUACUGGAAGGGACCACACUUGGGCUAGAAUCUCGGGUCAUAGUUGUGGUCGGUUCCAAGAAGAUAAAGAGAAACAAAUGGAGAGAGCGAAAAGGGAUCUCAAGCGGUAUAUGCAUUAUCAUAACCGAUACAAAGCACAUAUCGACUCCUCCAAGCUAGAGGCUAAGCUUAGUAAUAAUAUUAGUAAAAAGGUGUCUAUUUCAGAAAAGAGGGAGUUACAACUUAAAGACUUCAGCUGGGCUACCAAUGGACUCCAUCGGUUAUUUAGAUCAAGACGAGUUCUUUCAUAUUCAUACCCUUUCGCAUUUUACAUGUUUGGAGAUGAGCUGUUUAAAGAUGAGAUGAGCUCUGAGGAAAGAGAAAUAAAACAAAAUCUGUUUGAGGAUCAGCAGCAGCAGCUUGAGGCUAAUGUUGAGAAACUUUCUAAGUUCUUGGAGGAACCUUUUGAUCAAUUUGCUGAUGAUAAGGUCAUGCAGAUAAGGAUUCAAGUCAUCAAUUUGUCAGUUGCGGUCGAUACACUCUGCGAAAAUAUGUAUGAAUGCAUUGAGAAUGACUUGUUGGGUUCUCUGCAACUUGGCAUCCACAACAUUACUCCAUACAGAUCAAACGGCAUAGAACGAGCAUCUGAUUUUUAUAGUUCCCAGAAUUCCAAGGAAGCUGUUGGUCAGUCUUCGGAUUGUGGAUGGACGUCCAGGCUCGAUCAAGCUUUGGAGUCAGGGAAGUCGGAAGACACAAGUUGCUCUUCCGGGAAGCGUGCUAGAAUAGACGAAAGUUACAGAAACAGCCAAACCACCUUACUAGAUUUAAACUUGCCAGCGGAAGCCAUUGAGCGGAAAUGAACACUUAUCCUUCUUCACCUCCCAAUAACACCCUUUUUGUCCAAAUAAAGUGUGUUACCCGGAUAUUUAUAGCUCUAAACCCAAUCCCCUCUGCUUAAUUUGUCAGUGACCUUACCUAACCCUCUUCAGUUCUGAAAGAAGGGGUCAAGCAUCGUUACUUACAAAAUUUCAAUCAGUUUCGGAGUUUACAUAGGAUAAUGGUUAUAGACUUAUAGUGGAUCAUAUUUGAAGCUGCCUAUGAACUCAGGCUUCUCUCAGUGCCUCGAGGUGUAAAUUUUUAACUAAACGUAGGUGGAUCGUACCUAAUUCAUGGAUAUGAAUCUCUUGUACAUAUGCGUUAUAUAUUUGAGAUGGUAUGAGGUUUUUGUUGUGACGGUGAGAGAGUGUCCCGCAAUCUGAAAAAUUGGCUAACCUUAGUUUUUCACUUUUUCUGGUUGUAAUUUUUUUAUUGAAUGCAUCCCCUAAAAAAUUUUGUUUGGUGAGAUACCUAUUGAAUCUCUCACUAAUAUAAUUUUAUUAUUUUUGGUUCACUUUUGU